CGAAAAAAAUGCUUUCAUCAUUUUUAAGAGCUUCUUCCACAAGCAUCCAAAGAACGACACCUUUUGCUCGUAGAGCAUUUAGCACUCAAUUUCCCGCUUUGCAAAGAAUCUCCGGCGUGGAAACAGUCAAGAACUACAUCAAUGGUAAAUUUGUUGAAUCAAAGACUGAUAAAUGGAUUGAGCUUCGUAAUCCUGCCACUCAAGAAUUAAUCAGUUAUGUUCCUGAAACUACUCGCGAGGAAUUACAAGAGGCUACCGAUACUGCUGCCGCCGCCGCUCGUGAAUGGAAAAAGACUACCGUCUUGGCUCGUCAAAAGGUCAUGAUUGAUUUGCAAUACUUGAUUCGUCAAAAUCAUGAUGCCAUCGCCGAGAAUAUUGUUUAUGAGCAAGGUAAGACUUUUGCCGAUGCCAAGGGUGAUGUUUUCCGUGGUCUUCAAGUUGUUGAACAAGCCUGUGCCCUCACAAACAUGUUGAUGGGUGAAAAAUUGACUGUCGCAAAGGACAUGGAGACUUACAUGUAUCGUGAACCUUUGGGUGUUGUCGCUGGUAUUUGUCCCUUCAAUUUCCCUGCCAUGAUUCCCCUUUGGAUGUUCCCUUUAGCUAUUGCUGCUGGUAACUCAAUCAUUAUGAAGCCCUCUGAGCGUGAUCCUGGUGCCAUGAUGAUGUUGGCAAAGUUAGCUGCUGAAGCCGGUGUUCCUGAUGGCGUCUUGAAUGUUGUUCAUGGUGCCGUCGACUGUGUCAAUUAUAUCUGCGAUGAGCCUCAAAUUAAGGCUAUCUCUUUCGUUGGUUCUGAUCGUGCCGGUGAGCAUAUCUACACUCGUGGUAAUGCCAACGGCAAGCGUGUUCAAGCCAAUUUGGGUGCCAAGAACCAUGCUGUCCUUUUACCUGAUGCUAAUAAGCAAUCCGCUUUGAACGCCAUUGCCGGUGCUGCUUUCGGCGCUGCUGGUCAACGUUGUAUGGCUUUAAGCACUUUGGUAUGUGUCGGUGAAACCAAAGAAUGGUUACCCGAAUUAGCUCAACGUGCUCGUGAGCUCAAGGUUGGCUUUGGAAUGGAUCCUGAAACAGAUGUUGGUCCUUUAAUCACUGUUCAAUCCAAAGAGCGUGUUGAACGUUUGAUUCAAAGCGGUCAAGACGAAGGAGCAGAUCUCAUUUUGGAUGGUCGUGGUGUUGUUGUCAAAGGUUACGAAAAGGGUAACUUUGUUGGCCCCUCUUUGUUGACUAAUGUGAAGACUGAUAUGGAAUGUUAUCGUGAAGAAAUCUUUGGUCCAGUCUUAGUAUGUCUUAAUGUUGACACCUUGGAUGAUGCUAUUGACCUCAUCAACAAAAAUCCUUAUGGUAAUGGUACCGCUGUCUUCACUAACUCUGGUCCUAGUGCCCGUAAAUUCGAACAUGAGAUUGAUGUUGGUCAAGUCGGUAUCAAUGUUCCUAUUCCCGUUCCUGUUCCUCCUUUCUCUUUCACUGGUAGCCGUGGUUCCAUUUUAGGUGAUAUGAACUUUUAUGGUAAGAGUGGUCUUCAAUUUUAUACCAAACCUAAGACUGUUACCUCCUUAUGGAAGGAAAGCGACUCUGAGCAUACCAAGGCCAGUGUCAGUAUGCCCACCCAGAGUUAAAAAAAAAGUAAACAAAAAAAAAAGUACAUGUUUUCCUUAUAUAAAAUAAAAGGUUGGUAUAACCUUGUCCAACAUAAAGUAUGCCCAUCUUAAAACCUCUCUCACACAAAAAUGCCACCACCUAUUUUUAUUUUGG